ACCUUCCCCUUCCGCUUCCGCUUCGAGCGAGCCAAUAGAACGGCGUCCCCGUGCCUUCGGCCCUUCCUCCCCGGGAGUCUCGUGCGUCCGGUCGCCUCGCUCCCGGCUCCGGCAGCUUUUUCUCUCAGAACUUUGUCCGUCUCCUCCCGUGUCCUUCCCGGCGCCGAAAAGUCGACGAGAAGCGCGGCCCCGCGAGAAGCCGACUCGAGGAACCCCCUCCCGCGCCCGGUGCCGCCGCAGCCGCCAUCAUGGUGAACGUGCCCAAGACCCGGCGCACCUUCUGCAAGAAGUGCGGGAAGCAUCAGCCGCAUAAGGUGACGCAGUACAAGAAGGGCAAGGACUCUCUGUACGCGCAGGGCAAGCGUCGCUACGACCGCAAGCAGAGCGGCUACGGCGGCCAGACCAAGCCCAUCUUCCGCAAGAAGGCCAAGACCACCAAGAAGAUCGUGCUGAGACUGGAGUGCGUGGAGCCCAACUGCAGGUCCAAGAGAAUGCUGGCCAUCAAGCGCUGCAAGCACUUCGAGCUGGGAGGAGACAAGAAGCGGAAGGGACAAGUGAUCCAGUUCUGAGUUGCUGUUGCUGCCGCUGCCGGUGCCGGCGCCUUGACUUCCCGGGAGAGAAACAAUUAAACGUUCUGAAGUUUCCAGCA